UUCUAACGAUGACUAUGAUGAUGUUGGUAUUGAUGGGAAUACAAAUGAAGACGAUGCUGGACCUUACUCUGACCAGCAAUCAGAGACAGUCUGCCUAUUCUGAGCACAACUCCGACAGUUCCGAACAUAUUCCUGACCAGAUUGAACAGAUGUCUGAUGUUUACUCUAACACAGAUCAACUACGGACAAAUCUUAUCUCUGAGAUAGGUAGAUUUGUCAGGCCACCUCUUGCCAGGAAGAGAAAGAUUACUUCUAGUCGUGAUAAUACUCAGAACCAACUCUCCAAUGCUACUUCUAAGCACGACCAGACUAACCGUGCAAGCAAGCGGGGUCGGCACAACGGUAAAUCUAAAUCGAAAAAGAAGAAGAAGAACAGUAGUACUAUUGCUCGUGUGUCUAGCUCCGCUAGUUCUUCGUCCGACGACUCCGACCAGUCCUCCGCUGACUCUGACGACGAUGACGAGGACCCUGGCAGCAAUUGGAACAUCCUCUAUAAUUAUUGGCCAGUGGAGAAGCGUCCCAUUGCGCUGCAGAACAAAUCCAAGUUCAACCAGAUGCCAAUGGACCAACUACUCCAACUUGCCAAGUUCGACAGGGACAACACCAAGGCUGUGGAAUCUGACCUCACUUCCUCAUACACCAGGGAUAAAAAGCCUCUUGCAAUUAAAUACCCAGAAGCCAAGGAUGAUGGAUUUAAGAAGCUGCAUCCUGCCAGGUUCGAAAGAUUUCCUUUAGCAGAUAUCAAGGACUGGUGGAAAAAAGUCCCACGUGUGCGCAGCCACCAGUAUAAGAAUUUACCUCUUCAAUACAGUGGUACUCACAAUAAGGUCACCCUCCGCACAAUACAACAGAUGCAUGACCGGACCAAGGUGCUGUCGUUUAAACAGUUCCACUCAGGAAAUAUAAAUGUCGGAUCUAAACCUAUUCAGAAGAUUGAAAAACGGGACGAAGCCGGGAUCACUUCUUCUCUGGAUUUCAACUGGGAAGCGCCAACCAAUCUAUCCCAAGUUUCCGACGCCUUGCUCAACUACUGCACCAUACUCCUUCACCUUUGGCCUCUUGAUCAAACUGGCCUCAUCAUCCUCAGAUUGGUAAACAAAUAUAACUAUUUUCCCUGUGCUAAUUCCCUUACUGAACGUGUAAACCUAGUGUCUACAUUCUUCAACACCAUACUAAGGGAGAAUGCUGCUAGAGCCGGACGCAGAGCUGUACCUAUGGACUUCAAAGAGCAAGAAGAGACUCUCAAGAAUAUCCUCACCUCCUCAGGUUUCAGUAGUGCUGUUCCUACGGGACGUAUUAACCGGUCAGAGUCUGACAAAUUUAGAUCCGCUCCGAUGCGUUCUACCAUCCCUGUCUCUGGUAACCAAAACCAUAACAAGUCUAAAGUUUUGAUGAUCGGCUCUACCCCUGUUUGUUUCAAUUUUAAUAGCGGCCAUUGCAGGAACCUUGGCUCAGCUACAGGUUGCAAAGAUCAAAGAGGUAGAGAAUUUGCACACCUGUGCAAUAAAUGGCUUGAUGCUAAGCAAGCUUACUGUCUAGGACGUCACUCCAGGGCUGCCUUUAGACACUGAGAACAUUCUUCAGCUUAUUGGUUUUUAUAAAUCUCUUUCUAAUGAUUACCAAUGUUAAUUUUUUCACUCGUUAAAUCUCAUUAUGCUUGUUCGUUUAUAUUCGUUUCACAUAAAUAAAUAUAUCUUUUAUUCUUUCUUUAAUAACUGUUAAUAGAUUAAUGGUUCGUCAAAUACAUAGUUUCAAACUUAUACUCUUAGCAGUUGUAACUAUCUUUUUAAGCUUUCCAGUUACCCAUAACGAAACGUCUGUCUAUAAUCUCAUUUAUGAUUUUUAACUCCUUAUUAACUUUUCGAAUCUCUUAAUCAACAAAUAAGAAACAAAAUUUUCUUAUAGUAAUUUUAUUUUCUAUUUUUGGUACAUUACAGUCAGAGUAACUUUCUUUUCUUACUCAAACAACUGAAUACUGGAAUAAUUUAUAUCCCAAUUCAUUGGAAAUAAAUGAUCACUGUGCUAUAUAUUCCUUUCUUAUUGGACUAUAAUAUCUCU